AGGAGAUCGGCUUCCCAUAGUAAAAGAUUAGACUGCAGUACUAACUAAUGUGUGGUCACUUUUGCGAGGAAGCAGGUGGUUUUGGGGUAUACGCGCGCGCACACUGUGAUUCCGUUUGGUGAUCAAUUGAUUUUAAACUAACUGUCGCGCGUAUACCUGUGUAACGAGUCAGGAUGGAAAAAGAGACGCGAGUGCCCUCUCGAAAACACAGCGCGUCCCACUGGAGACUCCAAAACAUCGCCCAGGAAUCUGUUGAAAGCUCUGAUGAGGAGUUUUUUGAUGCCAGAGAUGUCAUGGAGGGAAAGGCAGCCAUACUCCUGGGAAUGAGCCAGUGGAACUCCAAUGAUCUGGUGGAGCAGAUUGAGACACUGGGACACAUGGAGAACUCAAGAGAGAGUCUAUAUAGACUAUGUCACCCACGCUGUGCUCCGCAGAGCAGUGUUGAUGGACUGGAAGACAUAGAGAGGAAGUGCAGAACACAGCUGCUCAUCCUGGUGAUUCAUGGAGGUCACAUCUUGGAUUCUGGAGGUGGUGACCCUGGCGGGAAGGCGGGUGAUGCUGCCACCCUGGCAUCCGUGUUGGAGCGUGUGGCGCGGGCUCACUUCCAGGCGGCCGCAGACAGAAUGCUGGUCAGAUUGGUGCCCUGCCCACCAGUGUGCGCUGAUGCUUUCUCGCUAGUUUCUAAUUUGAAUCCAUACAGUUAUGAUGAGACGUGUGUAUCCAGCAGUGUGGAUCACUUGCCGCUGGCCGCUCUGCCCAUCCUUGCCAUAGCUGCUCCCCAUUACCAAAACGCAGUGGCAACAGUCAUUGCUCAGGCCAAUCAGGUUUACCGAAAUUUCCUUCAGUCCCCAGAGGGCGUGGGCUUCACCGGACAGGUGUGUCUGGUAGCAGACUGUGUUGGCGGUGUCCUUUGUUUUGACGCCUUGUGUUUUAGUGGCGACAAGCAGCACAAAAGCCCUGUGGACAGCAGCACGAACAACAGCACAGAGAGUCUGAAGGAGAAGCCAGGUGUUGUGAACUCUCUGAGUCCGACUUUGAGAGGCAGCAAGCGGCUGAGUAAGAGUAACAUUGAUGUGUCGACUCCGUCUGACGUGCUGUCUGGAAUUCGUCAUCCUCUCAUCCGCAAACAGAGCGACUCGUGUGACGCAGAUGUAGCCAGCGGUCAACGUGAGGUCUUUAUCAGCAGUUUGUCUCAGGACGAUCAGUGCGGCUCCAGACUGCUUCUCAAUCCGGGUUGUUUUGAGUUUGAAGUGUCCGACUGCUUUAUGUUGGGCUGCCCGCUGGGAUUGGUGCUCGCUAUGAGGAGAACAGUGUUGCCUUCUGUUGAGGUGGCUCAGCUCCGUCCGGCUUGUUCUCAGAUUUUUAAUCUGUUCUACCCGUCUGAUCCUUCUGCCUCACGUCUGGAACCCCUGCUGCUUCCGGCUCUUACCCAGCUGCCCCCGUUUCCUGUUUCCAGAUACCAGCGUUACCCCCUGGGUGAUGGGCGCUCUACUCUCAUUGCUGACCUGGUGCUGAGACGCAUGUCAGACGGCAGUGUUUCUGUAGAUGGGACCCCAGUGCAUUCUUGUUCAGGAAGCGGAUCCCGCAGGGGCAGCAGUCGAGCUUUGCCGCACGGCCCUGCUCACCUUGAGUCGACUGAACCUGCCACAAGCGAGCCUGUUAGCAUUUCACAAUUAUGCAAUAGGUGGUGGGGCACAAAGCGAUUGGAUUACGUGCUAUACUGUCCAGAUGUGCUCACCACAUUCCCUACUAUUGCACUGCCUCAUUUGUUUCAUGCCUCAUACUGGGAGUCCACAGAUGCUGUGGCCUUUAUUCUCAGACAGGUGAUGCGAUGUGAUUGCCUGAAGGCUGGAGAGGCAGAUUGUUCAGACGCGAUGCCCAUCUCUCCAUCCAGCCCACGUGAGAAGUGGCUUCGGAGACGGACACAUGUCAAACUACGGAAUGUAACAGCGAAUCACAGAGUCCAUGAUGUCAUUGGGACAGAGGAUGGUCCUCAGACACUGGUGGGACGGUUCAUGUACGGGCCUCUUGACAUGGUGACCCUGACUGGAGAGAAGGUGGAUGUGUUUUUAAUGACUCAGUCUGGCUCUGGCCGUUGGGUGCUGUUUGACACUGUGGUGACCAGCAACAGUGGACGGGUCUCCUACACCAUCCCUGAAAAUAAAAAACUUGGGUUGGGUGUCUACCCCAUCAAAAUGGUGGUCAAAGGUGACCAGACAAGCGCAGAGGCAUUUCUCACAGUGUUACCCCGGGGAAUGGACUGUGUGGUGUUUAGCAUUGAUGGAUCCUUCGCUGCCAGUGUCUCGCUAAUGGGCAGCGAUCCUAAAGUCCGUCCAGGUGCUGUUGACGUGGUCAGACACUGGCAGGAUCUUGGAUAUCUGAUCAUCUACAUUACUGGUCGUCCUGACAUGCAGAAGCAGAGGGUCGUGUCCUGGCUCUCUCAACACAACUUCCCACAGGGGAUGGUCUUCUUUUCUGAAGGUCUUGUUCACGACCCCUUGCGUCAGAAAACUAUUUUUCUCAAGAGUCUGGUGAACGAGUGUCACAUUAAGAUCAGUGCGGCAUAUGGUUCAAUGAAGGACAUGUCAGUGUACAGUACUUUGGGACUCGCACCUAAUCAGAUAUACAUUGUUGGCAGACCAUCGAAGAAGCAUCAACAGCUGUGCCAGUUUAUAAGUGAAGGCUACGCAGCUCAUCUGUCUGCUCUGGAGUUCGAGCACGGCUCGCGCUCCAAAAAGAACCGCAUGGUACUGCGUCAGGGAUCGUUUGGCCUGUCCCCCAAGACGGACUUCCUGUCACCGUCCCCGGACUUCCUGUCCUGCAAGCGCACCCCGCUGUUGCGUCGAGCCAUGUCUGUUCAGCAGCCGUCUCCGCCCUCCUCAUCUGUGUCCACCCCCAAACCAGAGCGUGCUCAGAGUCAGCCCGAAUCUCACAAAGAUGGCCCAGAGAUUCGCAUCCAGACCGAAGAGGAUGAGGAAGAGGAGGAGGAGGGUGACAAAAUACAGGAUGUUGUACUGUAGCAGCAUUAGUUUCAGAAAAGUGUUGUUUGUUGAGGGAUUGCAUCGUCAUUUAUUAUGAUCACACAUCAAGAUCCCAAGAACUUUUCAUCUGCUGAAAUGCUUCAUCAUGUCAUAUGUGACCACCAGCUUGUCAUUGACUAAAGGAUGAAGGAAUGUGGGGGUAAUUGAAUUGAAUUGUAAUUGAAAAACAGAACUAGAUGGCACAGAACAGCGAUUAUACAGGAAUAUAAAUGUGCUAUAGUGUGGCGAUGUUUUUUUUAUGGUAGUUUUAUACCUGGAAACUUAUUUAUUGUGUGUUGUGAGAGCUCUUCACAGAUUCCUGUAAUGAUCUUUGCGAAGGUAACCAUGGACAUGAGCACCAGAACUUUAUCUAUUUAUAGCAGAGCUACAAGACUCAUCUCCAGAUGCUGUGACGUGUCUGUUUCUUAAAAGCCUGUUUUCUUGUUGGUUAAAAUUAGGUGUAGGUAAAAUGAGCUUUACAUAAACAGACCCUACAGGGAUCCUUCACAUUUAUAGAAUAUACACAAAAGGCAUUUCAUAAUAGUUUAUUGAAGCAUUGCUUGAUUUUUGAGACAUUUCGCUCAUACUGAUUCUUUUUCAUACAAUGCAGACUAUCAGCUGUUCUGUAUGUACUAGUAGAUACAGUAUGUCUUGACAUUAACUUUUAAACACGCUCUGAUCUUAAAGGGAUUGGUACAUAUUUUACGAGUUGGCUUAAUCGUAUUGAAUCAUACAAAAAGCUAUAAAAUAACAAUAAUGGUACUUCUUACCCCGCCUCUAAAGCCAACUUCACAGGGACGAAAAGAAAAUUGCACAAAACACAACGUUGGUUGAAUGAAUUUGCCAUCUCAUAAAAUACGUAUGAAAUCCCCUGAGAUUGUGCUAAACGUGCCAUGCUGUAAUUUGAUGUUUAUAACAUUGCACAAUGAGAGAAUUGCACAAAACUGUAUAUAAUUGUAUAAAUGUAUUUCAUAGACUGUGUUAUUGGAUGUUCUAAAAUUAUCUGUUGAAAUGUAUUUGUCAAGUUAUUUUAAGGUGGUGUGUGUAAUUUUUAGUGGCAUCUAGUGGUAAGAUUGGGAAUUGCAACCAACAGCUCACCCCUGAAUUUCAAAAUGCAUAUGGUAGCCGCCACAGGACAAACAUGUCGUCUGAGACAACGUAGGGACGAAACGCGCUCUUCGUCCGUUUAGGCCUACUGUAGAAACAUGACAGCGACUUUCAUGUAAGGAGACCCACAGUUAAAAAAAUACAUUCUAAAGUAAUAAAAACAAUAGAGUUCAUUAUUUAAGGUAUUUAUACAUCACUGAUAAUAUAGUUAUUAUAUUGCAUUUCUGUCAAGAGAUCUUUCUAAAAGUUACACAAUAAAUCUUUAAAGGUACACUGUGUAUAUUUUUAGCGGCAUCCAGUGGUGAGACACGGCAACGGCUCAGUCGCCUCCCUUUCGAAAUGCAUAGAGAAUGCAAUGAUAUUACGCAGUACACACAAAUAGUCCCCAGCUAUUGAAAGUUACCAAGGGGACUAUUUUUGGCUGCUGCAUAAAAUCAUUGCGCCUGCUGCAUCCGUUACAGCAGCAAAGUCCUUGAUUAUUACGCCAGAAUGAGAGUAUAGUUCCUAGCCAUAUCUGCCUAGAAAAUCACAACUUUUCAUUUUCCGUCGGUCUUAGUACACGAUGUAACUACAGAAGAGUCAUGUUUUAAAUAAGAAAAAUAUUGAAACUCUUUGUUUAUUGUUGAGCGCAAUGCUAAUGGUCUAAUCCGAUUGAAUAGAUUGUGCUAAGCUAUGCUAGACCAGGAGAUCGGCUGAAUGGAUUCCAAAACAGUAAAACUUAAUUGUUUAAAGGCGGGGUACGUGAUUUUUGAAAAACACUUUGGAAAAGGGAGUCGGGCCGAUUACCAAAACACACUUGUAGCCAAUCAGCAGUAAGGUGCGUCUCUACUAACUGACAUCAUUGCCUGGGUUGCGUAUGUUUGGGGCAGGUCUAUCAAAAGAAGGUCCAGAUUCUAUCGGGUAGUGGCAUGUUUGUUUAGGUGAUUUCAAAUGUCAACAUUGGCUUUCAGAGAUCAUGCACCCCACUUUUAACUCUAGGGGAGCUGUAAAAUAAGCCUAUUUUCAAAAAAAGUGGACACUUUAAGUUACAAAAGGUAUCGGUCUAAACUGCUCUAAAUCAUGACACCCAGUGUUUAGCUCAACUUAUGAAACAAAUAUUAUAUUUUAAGAUUUAAAGUAUAAUAAUGAAAAACUACAGGAAUAAACUUUAUUAUUGAAGUUUUUAUUAAGUAUAAAAAACUA